AUGGAGGAAGCUUUCCGUGCUGCUGCAACGCUGGCUGACCACAUCGAUCACUUGAUCGUGUUCUCGAAUGCACAAGCAGUACUUGCGAAUCUUGAAAAGAGCCGCGAUCUUUCGUGGGGACGGCAUGAAGCUCUCAUCGAGAGGGUACAGCAGGUUGCAAGGAAGCUCAAGGAACGAGGUAUGCAGAUAGACCUGCAUUUUGUACCGAACCGCACGAAAAUUGAAGGUCAUAGGCGGGUGCAGAGACUCUCCCGAAAGUACAAGAAGAAGGUCAUGGCGGUGGCGCCGAAAGAGCUUCUGGAGUACGACAUCAACUUUUCCCCUAUCAGACUGAAGCAUCAGCAGCCCAAGGAUGCGAAGGAAGAGCUAGAAGUGUUGCUGCGCAGCUGCUUAGAGGAUGCGAAGGCGGCAGGCAAAGUUGGACCUCGCAGCUCGUUGAAGCACGAGUGGAGAUUUGAGGCACGUCGUCUACGAAGAGAAGCAAAGAUAAAGUACAUGAGGAUGAGAGAGCAAGAAGGAAAGCCGUUGAAGCCCACAGACUCGGAGAGAGCGAUAUUGCGGGCGCAAAAGAGACGCCCCAGGAAGGCGUCUGGAGAGCUGAAGGAGGGUGAAGAGGUUACCAUUGACGUAGGGGAGAAGAUCAUGGAAUGGAAGGAUAUAUACCAAGACCUCGCAGGUAGCUCGUGGGAAGAUAGACGCGGACUGAAGAGGUGA